AUGACAAAACUGCUAAAGCCACAAAUUCUCCCUGCUAAGUCAUUCUUUGUGCAAUCAAUGGCUAUGGAUGCGAGAUGUGUUCUUUAUUGUCUGUUCUCUUUCUUGGCAGCCAUGGUCACCAUCUUAUUCUUGAUGCACAGGGAGGGGAAUAAAGGCAGGAACAAGCAGCAGCUACCACCAGGCGCAAUGGGCCUACCUUGGAUUGGGGAAACAAUGGAGUUCUACAAAGCUCAACGUAAAAAUCAAUUGUUUGAGGAGUUUGUUCAACCCCGGAUCACUAAAUACGGAAAAAUCUUUAAGACAAGGCUACUGGGGUCUCCAACCAUAGUGGUCAGUGGAGCCAAAGCUAACCGCUUCUUCAUGUCGAAUGAGUUCAAGUUGGUGAUCAGCUCAUGGCCUUCAGCAUCAGUUCAGCUCAUGGGCAAGCACUCUAUCAUGGAAAAACAAGGAGAGCAGCAUCGCUGCCUUCGGGGGAUUAUAGCCACAAGCCUAAACUACGCUGGCCUUGAGACUUUAGUGCCCAAAAUCUGUGACUCAGUUCAUUGGCACCUGGAUACAAAGUGGCAAAACAGUAACAUGAUUAGCCUCUACCAUUCUGCAAAAAUUUUGACAUUUACCGUCAUGUUUGAGUGCUUGCUAGGGAUCAAUGUAGAGCCAGGAACAUUGGAAAUGUUUGAGAGUGUUUUGGAAGGGGUUUUUGCUCCCCCUGUUAGGUUUCCUGGCUCCAAGUUUUCAAGGGCAAAGAGAGCACGGCAAGAGAUAGAAAGGAGGUUAGUUGAUAUAGUAAGAAAGAAGAGGAAGGAGAUGGAAGAUGGGAUGGGAGAAGAAGAAGGUGGGAUGUUGCUCUACCGGUUGAUCGCAGCACUGAUUCGAGGGGAAAUCAGUGAGGACGAGGUUGUUGAUAAUGUGGUUUUACUAGUGUUUGCAGCCCAUGACACCACUUCUUUUGCCAUUGCAAUGGUAUUCAGAAUGUUGGCUGAUCAUCCAAACUGCUAUUCUCUCCUACUUCAAGGUAUUUGAGUUAAUAUAAGCAUUCACAUUUUGCAAACUCAUCAUUAACAACAAUUUAACAUCAAACAAUGCAAUAGUACGCAUUUUUUGUCUGCAUAUUCCUACUAAUUUGAAAAGUUAGCCCUAUCCUUACAGAACAUGCCAACAUCGUUCGCAAUAAAACAGGCAAAAAUCUAACGCUAGAAGAUGUGAAAAAGAUGAAAUAUACCUGGCAAGUUGCUCGUGAAAGCAUGCGACUAUUCCCUCCAAUCUUUGGUUCAUUCAGGAAAGCAACUACUGACAUUGAAUAUGAAGGGUUCAUCAUCCCAAAGGGAUGGAAGGUGCGGAAUAUAUUUUAAAAUUACGGAAUGUUUGGGAUAAUGUGAAAAUGACUUAUGUGACUUGUGUUAAAUAACUAAUGUUUGUCUUAAUAACUUAACAAGGAAAAGUACUUUUUUAAAAGAAGCAAGUAAUUUAUUUAUUUGAGUGAAACGUCAAAUGGGUUUUACAGAAUGAUUCCAUCCAUUCCAGUCUACAUUUGGAAUGGAAUUGUGCAUCUCAGGGACUCCAUGACACAGUACCUAAUUAGUAAAUUACAACUUGCUAAGACAUUUAUUUGGGAUUUAUGCAGGUACUGUGGACAACAUACGGAACCCAUUACAACGCAGAGCAUUUUCCAGUUCCACAAAGUUUUGAUCCAAGUAGGUUUGAGGAGUCUGUUCCACCAUAUGUUUUUGUUGCAUUUGGAGGGGGACCAAGGAUGUGUGCAGGGUAUCAACUAGCUAAGUUGAAUAUCCUCAUCUUCAUGCAUUUUGUUGCAAUCCGUUAUGACUGGUCCUUAAUCUACUCUGAUGAGCCGAUCAUCAUGGAUCCCCUUCCAUUUCCUUCCUAUGGAAUGCCCAUUAAAAUUUAUCCAAAGCAUCAAUAAAGCAAGAGAAUGUAAAAAUUUCUCCAAGGCAUCAAUAAAAACACAGAAUGAUUAGUUGUUUGCACUGUACACAUUAACUUCAAGGAGUACAUAUGAGCCAUUCAAUCAAAUGAAACAUGCAAAUAAAUUGGUAGCAAAUGUUUUAACUGCCUUAGCCAUUAUUAAAGCUUGAUAUACAUUGUUGGCCCACAACCUAACAUCUUAAGCUUUUACGUAAAGUGGUAAUAUAACAUGGUAUCAGAGCUGGCUACCAGGAGGUCCUGGGUUCUAGCCUCGUCGCUCGCAUUUAUUCUGUGGCAUUUAAAAAUUUAAUGUGUGUUUAUCUCUCUACAUGUUGUCGGGCUGCAAGUGCAGGGGAGUAUUAAA